AUGACGUCCCCUAAAAACAAAGCCAAGAAGAAACCACCCAAAGACAGCAUGACACUACUGCCAUGUUUUUAUUUUGUAGAGCUCCCGAUCGUCCUGUCCUCUUUGGUGUCCCUGUACUUCCUGGAGCUGACAGAUGUGCUGUCCCCGGCGAUGGUGGGCUUCCGUUGCCAUGACCGUGACCUCUCCAUGCCCUACGUGGAGACCGGUGAUGAACUCAUCCCUCUGUUGAUGCUGUUGAGUCUGGCCUUCGCUGGUCCCGCAGCAUCUAUCAUGAUGGGGGAGGGCCUGAUGUACUGUAUGCAGUCCAAGCUAAAGACUUGUCCCAAGUCAGAGAGCAGCAUCAAUGCCGGAGGCUGCAGCUUCAACUCUUUCCUACGCAGAACUGUGCGCUUUGUUGGUGUUCAUGUAUUCGGUCUCCUGGCAACAGCCCUGGUGACAGAUGUCAUCCAGUUAGCUACUGGUUACCACUCCCCCUUCUUCCUCACUGUCUGCCAGCCCAAUUACACAGUGCCAGGAGUGUCAUGUGACAACAAUGCCUAUGUCACACAGGACAUAUGCAUGGGGAAAGACCUGUAUGCUAUUAUGUCAGCAAGGAAAACAUUUCCAUCCCAGCAUGCAACGCUCUCUGGCUUCGCUGCUGUCUAUAUUUCCAUGUAUUUCAAUGCCAGCAUCAGCAGCACGACCAAGCUGCUGAAGCCUUUGCUGGUGUUUGCUUUUUGCAUGGCGGCCGGCCUCGCUGGGCUGACACAGAUAACUCAGCACCGCAGUCAUCCCAUAGAUGUCUACGUGGGAUACCUCAUAGGAGCCGGCGUCGGAGUCUACCUGGCGGUGUACGCAGUGGGAAACUUCAAAGCAUCAGACGAAGAUGCUCCAUCUCUACCUAGACUUGCCCCAGCCCACCAUAAGGACGGCUUGAGGGUGCUGAGCCAGCGGAGUCAUGAUUCCCUGUACAGGAAGACUCCCAGGGUGUCAGAGAGCAGGGAGGAGCUGGGGGCAGCAUUGGGGUCUGGAGCCCGCAGUAAGGUGAGGAGGGAGAAGGCAUCCCUGGCCUCCCUGAAACGUGCGAGUGCAGAUGUGGAGCUUCUAGCAACACGGGGUCCCAUGGGCAAGGAAACCAUGGUGACUUUCAGCAACACCUUGCCUCGAGUCGCAAAUGGCAACAGCCCCAUCUCUCCCUCAGAAGAGCCGGCUGUCACACAGCGACACAUGACCUUCCACGUACCUUUUGACCCCCAAAGAUCUAGGCAGCUGGUGACAGAGUGGAAGCAGCGCUCGCUGGAGAUUCGCAGCCAGAGCUCACGAGAUGAGGACGAGGAUAUGGACGGAACAGAUGGGAGAGAUGGAAAUGAUGAAGGAGGAGCAGCGGGUGAAGGAGGUGACAUGGGGAUGCCUUCCUCUCUCUAUCCCACGGUGCAAGCCAACAAGGGCACCGCCACGCCAACUGGAGCCAGGAUGGUUGUGGCACCCCCACUAGUGCACAUCCCUGAGGAGGCCACUCGCCCACCUCCUGUCUCUCCCAAGAGUGCCAAGACCAGAGCCAAGUGGCUGUCACUCACCGAGGGAGGGGGGCCGAAAGAGCCGGGACCAGGGCCAAUUGCAGUGUCAACUCCCCGUGUGCCCAACACACAGCCCUCUAUGCCACCCAGCCAGCAAAGAGUCACUCAGGUCAUAGCCAUGUCGAAGCAGCAGGGUCAUGGCAUCAUCUCAUCCACUAAAACAUCAGAGGGUGGCUCCUCUUCUGGUGGUGGGUCCAACUGCUCUGAGUCACCCUAUUACCGGAUCCCUUCUGAUCGAGACAGCUGUACCGGCAGCAACCCAGGGAGCAUCGCCGGCAGUGGGAGCAUCGUUACCAUCGACGCUCACGCCCCUCACCACCCAGUGGUACGUGUGUCGGCCAGUAAUGGGAAGCCAUGGGAGUGGAGGAACACCAUCAGCGGUAACAUGAUGGGUGGCGACCCAACAGGGGACAAACACCGUGAAAGGCUGCAGCGACAGGAAAAUGUUUCUCACUACCGGGACUACCGAACACUCCCAAUGAAAACAGACUCGGCCUGCUCCUCUUCAGCCAGCGGUAGUGGCGAAGGUGGACCGGAGCCUCCGCCCCCACCUCUACCCCCCUCCUCCUCCCCUCUCCCUCCCCCACCUCAGCUGUUAUCAUCCCCUCUUCCGCCACCACCUCCUCACUCAUCUUCUUCUCCAUUGCCACCCCCUCCACACCCAAGCUCCUCACCGGUGCCUCCUUUUCCUAACUCCUCUCACAUGCCUCCUCCUCCUCACCCAUCCUCUCAGAUGUCCCCACCACCUCUCCCACAGCCCUCGCAAAAUUUCCCACCUCCUCACCCAUCUUCUUCCCAAAUGCCCCUGCCUCCUCACCCAUCCUCCUCCCAUAUGCCCCCACCUCCUCACCCAUCUUCCUGUCAAAUGCCCCCACCUCCACAGCCAUCGUCUUCCCCUUUGCCUCCUCCACCACACCCCUCCUCCAUGCUGCCGCCUCCUCACCCAUCCUGCUCCAGCAUGCUCCCCCCUCCUCCCCAUCCAGACUUACUGAUGGACAGCCACAACCAGAUGCUGUCCCGCUCCUCCACCUUGCCUCGUCGGCCCUCUGUCUCCGCCCGCAGCCAUGCUGAGCAGGAGAACUACUACAAGGCCAUGCAGAAUGAGAGGAUGUUAUAG